UCCCCCUUGCCUGCGAGGAGGGCAUCAUCUUUCGUACUCAGGUUUGCGAAAGCCACCUGGGCCAGGUUUGUGUUGGGAGGCUCUUCUUCAUCGUCUCAGAACGGGUCACCGGCUUCCUUCUCUCUCAGCCAUGAAUUUUGGCUUCACCCAGGAGCAAGUGGCCUGCGUCUGCGAGGUCUUGCAGCAAGGGGGGAACAUCGAGCGCUUGGGCCGGUUCCUCUGGUCGCUGCCGGCCUGCGAACGCCUCCACAAGAAUGAGAGUGUCCUGAAGGCCAAAGCCAUGGUGGCCUUCCACUGGGGAAACUUCAGGGAGCUCUACAACAUCCUGGAGAGCUACCAAUUCUCUCCGCACAACCACCCCAAGCUGCAGCAACUGUGGCUCAAGGCCCACUACAUGGAAGCUGAGAAGCUGCGCGGAAGGCCGUUGGGGGCAGUGGGGAAAUACAGGGUCCGCCGUAAGUUCCCUCUUCCGCGGACCAUCUGGGAUGGAGAGGAGACCAGUUAUUGCUUCAAGGAAAAGUCCCGGAGUGUGUUGCGGGAAUGGUACUUCCACAAUCCCUACCCGUCUCCUCGGGAGAAGAGGGAGUUGUCGGAAGCCACGGGGCUGACCACCAUGCAGGUCAGCAACUGGUUCAAGAACCGACGCCAAAGAGACAGGGCGGCCGAGACCAAGGAAAGGGAUAACAGUGAUGGAGGUUCUCGGAAGGAAGGACGAGGCCUGCCACGAGAGAGGCACUUUCUGAUCUCCAGCUCUGAGGACGAGAACUCUCCCAUCGACAGCCCGACGGCACAAGGAUCCAGCCCUGCUCUGUUCUACCCUAGCUUGCCUUUCUCAGCUCCAAUGGGGCAAGCCAUUCACCCUGGGGGCCAAAGGAUGGAUUUCCUGCAGCACCAGUCCCACCAGAACAGCUUCCUGGGCUCCCUUGCCUCUCCUUUUGUCGACCUGGGAUCCUGAAAAGAGCUCAGCGUGGAAGCCACAGCCCUUGCUCUCCUGCAUGCCUUGCCAACAGAUUCUUCUUUUACUAUUAAGCAUUUUCAUACUUUCCACCAUCAUGAAUGCAGUUAAAGAUUUGUAUUGUCGAAGGCUUUCACGGC